AAACGCCAAUUAUUAUUUUAUCAAUCAUUGUUUUCUCCAAACAAGCCAUUGGAUUGAACCCAAUCGGAGCUGAAACAAUUUAUCGCCAUGGCAGCAUCCUCCUCCUCCACGGUUGAUGAACUGCAACCACAGUAUCAAGUGUUCAUCAGCUUUCGCAGGGUGGGUUUACGCGAUGGAUUCGUCAACCAUCUUGUCAACGCCUUGGUAAAUCACAAAAUCAACUACUUCAUCGACAACUCUGAAGUCAGAGGCCAACCUCUAGAAGAUGUCGUUUUUAAGAGAAUAGGAACGUCGAGAAUCGCUCUGGUCAUCCUCACCUCGGACUACACCGAGUCAGCUAGGCGCUUGCAACAGUUGAAAAAGAUCAAGGAAUGUGUGGAUGAAGGGAAAAUGGUGGCUAUUCCCAUCUUCUACAAGCUGGAGCCAUCCACCGUGAGACAUAUGAAGGGCGCAUUUGGUGAUGCAUUCACGAACCUGGAGGAAAGUGAUGAGACGAAGAGGAAGUGGAAGGAAGCUUUGAAGUCGAUUCCUGAGUUAAUGGGCAUUAUAGUGCAUGAGGAAAGUUAUGAGCGCUCUGCCGUGAACGAAAUCGUGGAGGGCGUACAAAAAGUGCUACAGUUCACUUCAGUAUCGAAUCCAAGAGACGCUAUAACCAGAACGAAUGGUGAUUUCUUUGACAGGUGA